AUGGCGAAUCUCUCCGUCCUGCGGCCGACUCUGGCCUACAACGUGUGCUCCUCCCGCGCUUCUCCCGGCCGGCUCGUCGGCUCCCGCGCGUGGCGGAAUGGUCUAGCAGCCGUAGCACCGGUAUCUGUCGUCGUCGUCGCCGGCAAGUGGCAAUCCACCCACGCGCGAGCCCGCCGCCAGACGAAAGCUCUCGUCCCGGCCGUCUCGCCCCGGCCUCUCCAGCUCAUCCGCCAUGCGUCGGUCGUCUCGGCGGGUUCCAGUGCCAGCGCCGGCCCCACUGCUACACCGGCAGCAAGCUACUCAACAGCCGCAGAACCGCAGUCCGUCCCCUACGCGCAGCUCACCGUCGGCGUGCCAAAGGAAAUCUACCUCAACGAGCGCCGCGUCGCACUGACCCCGCAGAACGUGGCCCUCCUCCUCAAAAAGGGCUUCGGCAAGGUCCUCGUAGAGCGCGGCGCCGGCGCCUCCGCCGAUUUCCCAGACGAGGCCUACGACCGCGCCGGCGCGACGCUCGUCGACCACCCGCAACAGGUCUGGUCCGGCGCCGACGUCGUCCUCAAGGUCCGCGGCCCGAUCCCGUCCGAGAUCGACCUCAUGAAGGCGCACCAGACCGUCAUCUCUUUCCUGCAGCCCGCGCAGAACAAGCCGCUCGUCGACAAGCUGGCCGCGCAAAAGGCCACCUCCUUCGCCAUGGACCUCAUCCCGCGCAUCUCCCGCGCCCAGGUCUUUGACGCCCUCAGCUCCAUGGCCAAUAUCGCCGGCUACAAGGCCGUGCUCGAGGCCUCCAACAACUUUGGCCGCUUCCUCACGGGCCAGGUGACGGCCGCGGGCAAGAUCCCGCCCUGCAAGGUGCUCGUCAUCGGCGCCGGCGUGGCCGGUCUCAGCGCCAUUGCGACGGCGCGGCGGUUAGGUGCCAUUGUGCGCGGCUUCGACACGCGCCCUGCCGCGAGGGAGCAGGUGCAGUCGCUCGGCGCCGAGUUCAUCGAGGUGGACAUCAAGGAGGACGGGUCCGGCGCCGGCGGGUAUGCCAAGGAGAUGUCCAAGGAGUUCAUCGAGGCCGAGAUGAAGCUGUUUUACGAGCAGGCGCGCGAGGUCGACAUCAUCGUCACCACCGCCCUGAUCCCGGGCAAGCCCGCGCCCAAGCUGAUUACCAAGUCCAUGCUCGAGGCCAUGAAGCCCGGGUCCGUGGUUGUGGAUUUGGCGGCCGAGGCGGGUGGCAACUGCGAGAAGACGAAGCCGGGCGAGCUCUACGUGUACAAGGACGUCAAGAUCAUUGGCUACACCGACCUCCCUUCCAGACUGCCAACGCAGUCCUCGACGCUCUACUCCAACAACGUGACAAAGUUCCUGCUCUCCAUGGCUCCCAAGGACAAGGAGUUCGGCAUCGACCUCGCAGACGAAGUCGUCCGCGGCGCCGUCGUCACCCUCAAGGGCGACGUCCUGCCCCCGCCGCCCCGAAAGGCCCCGCCCCCGGCCCCGCCGCCACCGCCCACCGUCGCGCCCGAAGCCGAGGCCGUCGCCCUGACCCCCUUCCAGAAAACCUCCCGCGAGGUCGCGACCGUCACGGCCGGCAUGGGCACCGCGCUGGCCCUGGGCAAGAUGACGGGCCCGCUGUUCAUGGGCAACGCCUUUACGUUCGCGCUGGCCUCGUUGAUCGGAUACCGCGUCGUCUGGGGCGUCACGCCCGCGCUCCACUCGCCCCUCAUGAGCGUCACCAACGCCAUCUCAGGCAUGGUCGGCAUCGGCGGCCUCUUCAUCCUAGGCGGAGGCUACCUCCCCCAAACGAUCCCCCAAGCCCUCGGCGCCGCCUCCGUCCUCCUCGCCUUCGUCAACGUCUCGGGCGGCUUCGUCCUCACGAAGCGCAUGCUCGACAUGUUCAAACGCCCCACCGACCCGCCCGAAUACCCCUGGCUCUACGCCGUGCCGGCAGCCCUCUUCGGCGGAGGCUACAUCGCCGCCGCCGCCACCGGCGCAGCGGGUCUCGUGCAGGCCGGCUACGCCGUCUCCUCCGUCCUCUGCAUCAGCUCCCUGUCCAGCCUCGCCUCCCAGGCGACCGCCCGCAUGGGCAACAUGCUCGGCAUGCUCGGCGUCGGCUCCGGCGUGCUGGCCUCCCUGCUGGCCGUCGGCUUCUCCCCGGAAGUGCUCACGCAGUUCGCCGGCCUCGCGGCCCUGGGCGGCGUCGCGGGCCUCGUCAUCGGCAAGCGCAUCACGCCCACCGACCUCCCGCAGACCGUGGCCGCGCUGCACUCCGUCGUCGGCCUCGCCGCCGUGCUGACCUCCAUCGGCAGCGUCAUGGCGCACAUUGACGACAUCUCCACGCUGCACCUCGUCACGGGCUACCUCGGCGUCCUCAUCGGCGGCAUCACCUUCACCGGCUCCAUCGUCGCCUUCCUCAAGCUCGCCGGCAGGAUGUCCUCCAAACCCCUCGUCCUCCCCGGCAAGCACCUGCUCAACUCGGGCAUGCUGGCCGCCAACAUCGGCACCAUGGGCGCCUUCGUCACCCUCGCCCCCGGAUCCCCCGCGAUCGCCGCCAUGGCCCUCUCCGCCAACACGAUCCUCUCCUUCGCAAAGGGCUACACCACCACGGCCGCCAUCGGCGGCGCAGACAUGCCCGUCGUCAUCACCGUGCUCAACGCCUACUCGGGCUUCGCCCUCGUCGCCGAGGGCUUCAUGCUCGACAACCCCCUCCUCACGACCGUCGGCGCCCUCAUCGGCGUGUCCGGCUCCAUCCUCUCGUACAUAAUGUGCGUCGCCAUGAACCGCUCCCUCACAAACGUCCUCUUCGGCGGCAUCGCCUCGACCCCGGCCCAGACAGACUACAAAAUGGAAGGCGUCGUGACGCAGACGAGCGUGGAAGACACGGCCGAGGCGCUCGUCAACGCGGAGAACGUAAUCAUCGUCGUCGGCUACGGCAUGGCCGUCGCCAAAGCGCAGUACGCCAUCAGCGAGAUCACGGGCAUGCUCCGCGCCAAGGGCGUCAACGUCCGCUUCGCCAUCCACCCCGUCGCCGGCCGCAUGCCGGGCCAGUGCAACGUGCUCCUGGCCGAGGCGAGCGUGCCGUACGACAUCGUGCUCGAGAUGGACGAGAUCAAUGACGACUUCGGCGAGACGGACGUGACGCUCGUGAUUGGCGCCAACGACACCGUCAACCCCAUCGCUCUGGAGCCCGGUAGCCCGAUCGCGGGGAUGCCCGUGCUCCAGGCGUGGAAGAGCAAGCAGGUUAUCGUGAUGAAGAGGGGCAUGGCCAGUGGAUAUGCCGACGUACCGAACCCCAUGUUCUACAUGCCUGGAACACGCAUGUUGUUCGGAGACGCCAAAGUGACUUGCGACGCAAUCAAAGCAGCCGUCGAGACUCGAGCAACAUAG